AUGAAAGCGGUACUCGUCACAGCCCUGUUCGGCCAACUGGCCCGGUCAUCCCCCAGGCCAGCUCUGCCUCUCGACAUAGACACCAAGGCAGCCCUGAACUCGCGCCUGGCCAACGUCUACCUCUCCUCCAGGUCGGUCGAAUCAGCCCCGGCCGGGACCCUGACUUACACAUAUGGCGAGUGCACGUCAGAGAGCCAUCAAGAUGCUCACCACGUGAUUGCAACUGCCCCGGGUCCUGCAGGCUCCGGCGAGAGCAGAUUGGCAUGGAGCAUCCCCGAGGAUGCCAAGUCGGGUGGCUGCAUAUCUGCGUGGGAUUCUGCCGGCCGGCUCGUCGGGCGCAGUGGACCUCAGACGAUGCAUCCGAGCAGGAGCCGCAAAGCCAAGCGCGGCAUCGUCAUGUCGCAGACUGAUGGCUUCGACACCCUCGGGCCGUGGUUCGAUGGCGUGGCGCACCUCGAGGCAAAGAACCUGAGUGUUGUGGAUGCCGACGCUGCCAAGGCUUCCAAGGUCGGAAUUGUCGGUGCUGGAAUGUCCGGUCUCAUGACAUACCUCGUCCUCAGCCAAGCGGGCAUGAAGAACCUCGAGAUCAUCGAGGCGAGCUCCAGACUAGGCGGCCGCGUCCACACGGCGUACCUGUCCGGCGGGCCCUCGGGCUUCCAGAACGGGACCUUUUCCUACCAAGAGAUGGGUCCCAUGCGUUUCCCCGCCACCAUCGAGCUCAACAACCAAACGCUCAACAUCAGCGACCACCAGCUCGUCUUUGACCUGGCCGACGAGAUGAACCGGCUGAACGGCCACUCCAAGAACCUCAGCAUCGACUUCAUCCCCUGGUACCAGACCUCGCAGCAGGGAUUGACAUACAAAAACUCCAUCAAGCUGCCGAAUGGCAUCGCCCCCACCCUUACCGAGGUCGCCCAGAACGCAUCCUUGAGGGUCGACCUGGAGAUGGACAACUCCACCGCAGCGCUCAGCGCCAAGGUGGGCUCGCUCGAGUCGAAUGAGGAGUUCUUUGCAGAGAUCGCAAAGAACAUGCACAAGGCUCAUAGCGAUUUCAUCCACAACAAGGUCCCAGGUGAAAUCGGCGGCCGGUGGAGUGAAUUCGGCUACAUGGUCAACUACCUGAACCAGACACUGAACGACACAAGCAUGGUCGUUGGUUCGGGAUCUUCAGACUUUUGGGAUACUCUUUACGAAGGCAUGUACUUUAGCGCCUCAACGUACAAGACGGUGAACGGUGGCUUGAACCGCAUCCCAGAGAGCUUCCACCCGUUGGUUGACAACGCUACCAUCAUGGGGCGCAAGAUUGAGCGCGUACAGCGCGACAAGACGACGGGCAAGGUGACGCUGCAGUGGCGAGACAGCUUCAAGGAUGCCCAGUUCAAGUCAUCGACAUAUGACUAUGCCGUCUUGGGCGUGCCAUUUUCUGUGCUGAAGAACUGGCGUUUCACCCCGCCCCUGGUUGGUACCAUCGCAAACGCCCUCACGCAGAUCCCAUACAACGGGGCCUGCAAGAUCGCAUUGGAGUUCAGCGAGCGCUUCUGGGAGACGAAGCUCCCCAACCCCAUCUAUGGCUCGUGCUCCACUACCACAGAUAUCCCAGGUAUUGGCAGCAUUUGCUACCCAUCCUACGACAUCAACGGCACUGGCCCCGCCUCCAUCCUCGCCAGCUACAUCUCCGCAGACCAGUGGGGAAUCCGUAUGGCAACGCUCAGUGAGGAAGAGCACGUGCAGUAUGUCCUUGACGCCAUUCUCGAAAUCCACGGCCCUGCCGCCGAGGGUCUGUACACGGGCAAGUACAACAGAAAGUGCUGGUAUCAAGAUCCGCUAGAGGCGGGCAGCUGGGCAUCUCCUCUUGCCGGGCAGCACGAGCUCUUCAUCCCGGAAUACUUCAAGACCCAUGAUGGAGUCAUCUUUGUCGGCGAGCACACAUCCUACACCCAUGCUUGGAUCUCCUCGGCUCUCGAGAGUGGCAUUCGGGGAGGCGUACAGCUAUUGCUCGAACUCGGGCUUGUGGAUGAAGCAAAAGCCGUUGUGGACAAGUGGAUGGCUCGCUGGAUUGAAAUUGUAAUAAUAAGAUCUGAGGGAAACAACAAGAUGUAUCCCAAG